AUGNGCCACCACCUGCACACGCCCAUGUUCUUCUUCCUGCUCAACCUGGCCCUCAGCGACCUGGGCUCCAUCUGCACCACUGUGCCCAAAGCCAUGCACAAUUCCCUCUGGGACACCAGGGACAUCUCCUACACUGGAUGUGCUGCCCAAGUAUUUUUUUUUGUUUUCUAUGCUGUAACGGAGUAUUUCCUUUUGACCGUCAUGUGCUACGACCGCUACGUGUCCAUCUGCAAACCUCUGCACUAUGGGACCCUCCUGGUCAGCAGAGCUUGUGCCCACAUGGCAGCAGCUGCCUGGGCUAGUGCCUUUCUCACUGCUCUUGUGCACACAGCAAAUACAAUUUCCCUGCCUCUGUGUCAUGGCAAUGUCCUGCGCCAGUUCUUCUGUGAGGUGCCCCAGAUCCUCAAGCUCUCCUGCUCCAAAUCCUAUAUCAGGGAACUUAGGCUUCUUGCUGUCACUGUGUGUUUCAAUUUCGGUUGUUUUGUGUUCAUUGUUUGUUCCUAUGUGCAGAUCUUCAGGGCUGUGCUGAGGAUCCCCUCUGAGCAGGGAUGGCACAAAGCCUUUUCCACCUGCCCCCCUCACCUUGCCGUGGUCACUCUGUUCAUCAGCACUGGCAUGUUUGCCUACCUGAAGCCCCCCUCCAUCUCCUCCCCAUCCCUGGAUCUGGCCCUGUCAGUUCUGUACUCGGUGGUGCCUCCAGCCCUGAACCCCCUCAUCUAAAGCCUGAGGAACCAAGAGCUCAAAGCUGCAGUGUGGAGACUGAGGACUGGAAGGUUACAGAAACAUUAA